AGUCGAGGGAAAUUGACGCGGACCUUCGGGCUCCUGCCUGUCUCUCUCUCUCUCUCAUUUUUGCAUAAAAGUAGCAUGGCAAGCAGUAGUAGUAGCAGUCGACAACGCAUUGUGAAAUCUAUGCAAGGCAUAAGCCUUGUUAAAGUACAAGGGCGAACGUACCGUGUACCCACCUCUUCUCUUGACAAUAACCGACAACAGUCGGUUGGCUUGGAAACCAAAAAUUUAGAUCUGCCUUCUUCAGCAAGCAGCUCGGAUGAAGAAGAGGGAGGGACCAUAUACACCGAAGAAAUUUUGACCAUUCACCAUCCCGUCCAUCCAAAAUUUCACGGCAUUCUUAUCGGCAAAGGUGGCUCGACACUGAAAAAACUGCGCAUCGAAACGGGAACACGUAUCGAUAUUACCAAGGGCAAAGAUUAUGCAUUAAUCAAGGGCACGCAGGAAAAAAUUGAUAAAGCGACACAAGCGAUCGAGCAAGUCAUUCAACAAGCCUACGACAAGGCCCGACUGACCCAUUUCUUGUCGCUACCGGUCACAACUGCCUAUACCACACGCAAACUUGAAGAGUUUCAUUCUUCGAUCUUGUCUUCCACGUUUAAAUGCGAUGGCAUGGAUCCAUCCAUCCUUGUCUUGCCAGCCAAUCUCCACAUCACCUUGGGCGUGUUCAAGCUGCUACAUCAGACCGAGAUUGAACGUGCGGUCCGGUUCUUGAAAGAAGAGUGUCCCAAAAUAGUCCGUGAGGCGAUGGCGGAUCAAGAUCGCGCGCUCAGUGUCCGUUUGCGUAACCUGGCGAUUAUGCAGUCGAAUCCAACACAAGCACAUGUCUUGUAUAUCGAGCCGAAUGAAGACAAGGAAGACACACCGUUGAAAAAGCUAUGCCAGACAUUGAUUGACAAGAUGGUCCAAGCGGGUUUAAUGGUGCCUGAUGACCGGCCGCUUAAGACACAUGUCACGUUGAUCAAUACAGCCAACCGAUCAACUUCAGAUGAAAGUGGCAGCAACAACAAGCGCCGGCCGUUUGAUGCACGACCUAUUCUCAAGGAAUACCCUCAUUUGGAUUUAGGUUUGGUGCAGCUUGAUAAGUUGCAUUUGAUGAAGAUGGGACGAAGAGGACCGGGAAAAACAUAUAUUAGCGAAGGGUCGAUAUCCAUUGAACCGUAAAUUUACGAUGCGGGCGGGAAAGGUCAAAGAAGGAAAGGUGCCACUGGUAGCACAAAACGUAAUAAUUAUGGGUCCUCGAUUGCGGAGUAGUGGGAGGGGCGUAAACAAUACUUCUGUUGCACAGCACUUGUGUAACUCGAAGAAAAAAGUGGAACGGGCCAAAUUGUUGGAAACGCAACAUGAACCAUCAUGCUAAGAGCAUACUUACACUAAUAGUAUGUAUAUAAUAUAUGUAUAUAAAGAAGCGUUAUAUAAUGUGAAAUAUAUGUAGAAUAUGAGAUAAUGAAAAGAGAAGAAGAAAGGUAUAAAGAUACAACAUAUGCAGAGAGGGAGAGGAAGAGAGAAGGAGAAUAGGUAUAGACAAAUGGGACGGGAU